CGUGUUAAUUGUCCCCGUAAGUUACGUUCACUCUUGGUAAUCCGUUGUUCGCUUGAUUGGCCGUAGAAUUUCGAGAAUGCCAGCGAGCUGACUGCAGACUUGAAGACAAUGGAGAAAGAGAAAGAAGCGGUCACUAUGCGCAUCGAGAAAAUGAAGACGAAAGCCGAGGCAGGGAUUCAUUUGUUGGACGCCGCUAGAAUGUUGCGCGUAGAAAGAGACAGGAAACGAGACUUGGCGUUGCAGGAGGAACAGGAGAAGGAAAUUACUUCUAGGCUACAGAUAGCCCUCCAAAGAUUGGAGCGAGAGUUGCAAAUAUUAAAGAGAGACGAGAACGAGGUCACAGCGCAAACGUUGUUGCAACAGCUGUCCGAAAUGGUGACCGUUCAGUCGGUGGUCACCAACGAGAAGUUACCAGCCGAAUUGAACGCGAAGAAGAAUCGUAUGAAAGCGUUGACUACGGUGAAACAAUAUUCUUACUUAGGUCCGGAUCAGAUCACUGCACUGAGGAAUAAAUUGGACGCGCUAGCGAAGGAGAUUCAGGAUUUAGUGGAGAUCAAGAUCUCGAAGAGCAAUAUCAACAAGAUGGAGCCCUUUCGACAACAAGCGGCAGCUGUUGCGAAUAUUAAGAGAAACGUGUUGGAACGAUUGGAAAAAAUGGACAAUUCUUUGCAAGAACUCCAAUUGAAGUUAGAGGAGAAACGGGAACUGUCUAAAAUGAUGAUAGAAGACGCCGCGCCCAAAGGUGAAGAGCUGAAACAGUACAUUAACCGAUUGAAAACCAGGAGCACCCUUUAUAAAUAUUCCAAAGGUGAACUGGCAUGGCUGAACGCGGAGAACAGUGUCCUUUAUCGAACCGCUGCCAUUUUAGAAAAUCAGCUUGACCAGUUCAACCAAACGAAGGAAAUGUUGGAAACUGUCGAGAAAAAUACGUUAGCUGAUUUCAAGGAGGAGAACGCGUCCUCGUUGAAUCUCAAAUUAUCCAGGGAUAUUUCUGCUCGUCGAGCGAAGUUGAUUCCUCUGAUAAACGACGUACAAAGUUUGCGGGAGAAAUCUCGGGAAUUCCAAGAGCAACACGAGAAAAACGAGAAAGCCCAUAACGACGUUGAAUCGGUUAUGAACGUUUCGAUUAAUAACCUGCAAUCCGAGAUAGAGAGCAUAAAGGCUGCUAUAGCGAAGCACGCCGAAGAGAAGAAGAAACUGGAAAGACGGUUGGCUAAUAUAAAAACUAUAGAGGAGAAAAUAAAACGCGAAACGGAGGAUCCCAAUGUUUCUGAUCCGGGAGCAAGGAUAAAGGAAGAAUUGAAUAUUACCAUUCGAGCCGAGGAGAGCAAAAUAAAAAGUGCCACGCUGGAGAAAGAGGAAUUGAUGAAGACCACGAGAACACAGGAGAACCAAGUGCGACUUUGGAACGACGUUCUGUCGAUCUUUAAAUGUAAAAUCAAAUGCGCCGAGGAAAGUAAACAGUCGAACGGUAUCGUGGUGCGGCAAGGAGGCGCAGAAACAUUAGUCUUACAGUAACAAUCAUCGUUUUAUACUUGUAGAAUUGUUCUAAACACAGUUACAAUAGUAUCGGUGUGGUGGAAUCAACAAUUCUUUAAUUAUUCGUAAAGUAGGAGUGUAGAGUUAUACGGUACGUCUAACUUGCAAUUGUUAACAGUUCUCUUUUGCACGGUUCACAGUGUUCUACGACGAGUUACAUAUAAAAAUAGUAGGUCGAUAAACAACUCGUAAGUAGUAACAUUUUUGGAAGUUCCUUAGAGACUAGUAAUUUCAUCGACAGAAACAAAGAGAUAUCCGGAGAAUGCGUAUUGAAGUGUCUUACAUUUUAACGAAUAUUUUAUCUUCGACAUACGUGCACUGCGAAUAUACUUCACUGUUCUGUUGCGUUGUAUUACUCGUACGUAUUCAGGGUGUGGCAAAGAGAAACGUUACCAAGCUUUGAUGAAAAAUUAAAAAAAAAUACAAUUCAGCGUUAUACCAGUUAAUAAAGUGUAGUAACAUUCUAUUGCGACACCCUGUACAUCUUUGUAUUAAAGUAAGUAAAACAAAGUUUCGUCUGCAAGAAAAUAAACAUACAUAUCGUUUAUUUUUUCAAUGGUAAACAUGUCUGCGAAAUUUCUUCUCUACUCUCUGUCAUCUCGCUCAGACGCUAUUUUCGCUAACGAAGUUAGAGUACUUUGCACUUGCUCGACAAUGAAUUCCAUCGAAUGAUAUGUCACGGAAAUCCAUCACUGUGUUACAAUGAUCUACAGGUCGAUCGUUUACGGUCUAAGGUACAAAAUUCAUUCCUCAAACGAGAAUUCUCCGUCUCCACGUGUGUGUGUAUACAAAAAGGAUAGUCUUAUCAUAGAAACGAGUCUCGUCGUUCGACUCGGUGUAUUUUCGCAUAGUACGUGUGUCAUCGGUAAAUGCAUCAUCGCUACUGUUUCGUAAUACUUAUCUCAGUAAAUACAGUAGUAAACAGAAGAUCUACACGGUCUAAAUAAACCUCCUCCUGUUCUCUCUGGAACGUACACAGUAUUGUUCAAAACGAGAGAGAAGAAUGUGAAAACGUCUACAGUUCUAUUUUAUUAAUUACGAUCGUUCUAUCUACACAUAUUCGAUUAACAUUCAUUUUCAACUAUUAACGCGUCAAAUGCAUAACGCCCAUUUAUACUGUACAAAAAUGUGAUUUGGUUCGUAGUGUGUGUGUCUGUCUGUGUAUGUAUCUGUGUGUGUGUGUACUGUGGCCCAAUACACAUAACGCGCGCACGACGCUUUCCUAACGAUGCACAUCAUCAUUGUGAUUCACGUACGAAAAAUAUUAUUCCUGAUUCGAUUUGAAGUGGUACGUUUUAUCCGGAUCAUUGGAAUUCAACGAAAACAUUCCACGUGGUUUCCACCUGAUCGACAAAAACAUCGUGCGGCACGGUAAUUAAACCGAGGAAAUAUUCCUAUCGCUAAACAUCUUUCUUUACAAUUCACUACUAUAGAAAUAUCCCUAAUUGUUCACAGCUUUGUAAAGUCAUCCGAUUCCUCUGUCCGACACCGUUGUCCAAAAAAACCGUUGACGGAGAGAGAACGAAUAACGCUUGGGUGAACGGGCCAAGAAGGUGUCUCUACGUAAGGUACAAUGCAAUGAAUCAUGAGACAGAGUCAUGGGUAAAAACUGUUGCCGGGGAGAGUGGCAGUGUUACAACUUCGGUAUUCUCUACGGUCGUCGUACACGUCAUUCAACUGAUCGUGCAUUGUACCUACUUCGAAUGAUCCCACCGCGCUCAGUGCGAUCCCCAAUUGAGCCGCGUAGUAAGUCAGCAUGAUGGAGACCUGGAAAACCAAUGGAAGCGAAUUUAACGUGAAUGAUUCGCACGAUGAUGUCGGUCGAUUACCGUACCUGGGAGUAAGGCAACGGACUGUGGAAGUAGUGGAAGCCCAGCAACGUGUCGGAUAUAAGGAAACAUAUACUGCCGAUGCAGCUGCAUAAUUUAGUCCACGUCCAUAACUCCUGUUGGGGAUAAUCGUUUAUUCGAUACGUAUCAUGUUGUCGAGCGAUUACAAGAAAUCGAACGGCUGUUUGUCUUUCUAGGUCAGUAUUUUCGGCUCGAAGAUACUUUCAGAAUAUUAGCUUCUGUUCCAUCUACCGCGGCUGAUGAACAAUGAGACAACCGAAACGUUAGAAAAAUGAAUCGUUAAUUAAAUAGUGUAUCGUUUGUACGAUUUGCCAAGGGAUCAACACGGUAACGAACGAAAGUAACAUAGAACUAGCCCGCACGUUCGUUUAGUGGAUCAGAUAAGGAUCGUCGAUGGUUACCCUAUAGAACUGCACUCUCGAGAUCGCUCUCCAUGCCAUGGUAGUCAGCAGCACCGUGUACACUGGAACUCCAACGACCAAGACACCGUUCAGACCCGGCAUUAGGGUAUAUAUAACUAAAAUAGAAAAUCGUCUUCAGAACCGAUGGGCAACCGUUUCUCGGUUAGUCGAUAAACUGUUGGCCGAAUGCGAGUCAGUAAACGGUGUAGAGAGAAGUUAAGUGAUAUAUCACACUGUCUUAGAGGAGGGAAGGAUUCGUUCGUGUUGUAAGCCUCUCACCUAUGGAACACAUUGCAUACAGAAUUGUACCCAGCAUUAUGUUAAGCGGUAUAAAACCAAACGCGCUGAUGUACAUGACCUGGGCGAGAGCAAACAUACACAUUCCGCCCGUGAAACAACUGGGCCAAACUAGUAACGCAUCUCCUAUGCAACUGAAUAUCAGCCCUGUCAAUAUGCGCCUGGAGAAAGUGUAUCUGAAAAGAAUAGACGGUUCCUUUUGCAAACAAGCAAAUACUGUUUUCUGUUUACCAAAAAAUCGUACGCGGUAGAAGCGGUUGAUGCGUUCCGUAUGCGAUAUAUGUGUGCGGGAGACAUUUGUUUCUUUUUUGUUUUGGUGGCGAACAACAGCGGAGAAGCAGCGAAAUAGAGAAGUCUGGCUUACACUUACAUUUUCAGGUGACUUUUGUCUCUAUUGAGAUUAUUACUCGAUAGCAACGAUUCGAUUUUAUUUCUCUUUCGUUCUUACAAACGACAUUGCAGAAUCGGGAUAUCUUGUCCGUGCGCCCGUUCUUGUCUCGGUGCCGGUCGUUACGCGAGGAA